UAACCCGACCCGACCCGACCCGACUGGCCUUACCCUAUAUAUCCAAAAUCCGAAUCUAAAGCCCACAAUCAUAACCCUAAUUUCCCCAAAUCCCUUUUCUGUCCGGCGAUUUUCUCACCGACGACCGGAGAUUUCUCACCGGCGAUAUUUUUAUCAAUUUGAACGAGAUGGAUGAUUAUCAGGAGAUGGAAAGGUUCGGUAUGGAGAACGAUUACGAAGACGGACAGUGGAUCGGCGGCGAAUUCUACUAUCGGAAGCGUAAGGAGAAGAACAAGGUACAAACGAAGGACGACGUGCUUUACGGAGUUUUCGCUUCGGGCGAUAGCGAUUCUGACUACGAGGGAUCUUCGUCGAAGAAGCGGAAGAAAGGCCUCUUAUCAAAACUUGACUUGACGAAGCCAGUUAACUUCGUGUCAACUGGAGUGGUCAUGCCGAAUAGAGAAAUCGAUCAGAAUUCCAAAGAGGAGAAUAAUGAUAGCAAUAACAACAAUCAGUUAUUGUCAGAAGAGAGCAGUAAGGGUUUGGGUUUUGGUAGUAAUAAUAAUAAUGCUAAUGGUGAUGGUGUUGAUGCUGAUGAUGUUGAAGCUGAUGAGGGGAAUUUUCUGCCAACGGCGUUUGGUAGGAAGAUUAAGGAAGGUGCGUUAAGGCGAGAGAAGGAGAGGGAGAAGGAGAAGUCAAGUAAGGCUAGUAAAGCGUCUGCUUUUGACUCGGGGAGGAAGGGUGAUGUUGGUGGUGAUGUGGGUGGAUUUGAGAAGUAUACGAAGGGGAUUGGGAUGAAGUUGCUUGAGAAGAUGGGGUAUAAAGGAGGUGGAUUGGGUAAAAAUGAGCAAGGAAUUGUGGCUCCGAUUGAGGCGAAGUUGAGGCCGAAGAAUAUGGGAAUGGGGUUUAAUGAUUAUAAGGAGACGACUAGUGCACCGGCUAUUCAAGAAUCGGAUGGAAAGGUGGUUGUUGAUCGUCCUGGGAUAGUCGUGGAGGGACGAUCAAAAGAGAAGGCUUGGUCAAAGCAAACUAAGAAAGUGAAGAAGGUUUAUGUUACAGCGGAAGAGUUGUUAGCUAAAAAACAGGAGCAGGGAUUGGAAGUUGUUCAGAAGGUGUUUGAUAUGAGGGGUCCACAAGUUCGAGUCUUGACGAAUUUGGAGAACUUGAAUGCUGAAGAAAAAGCGAGGGAGAAUGAUGUUCCAAUGCCGGAACUUCAGCAUAAUAUUAGGUUGAUUGUCGAUUUGGCAGAACUUGACAUACAGAAAAUCGAUAGUGAUUUGAGGAAUGAGAUGGAGACUAUUGUUACUUUGCAGAAGGAGAAGGAGAAGCUACAAGCGGAGGCAGCGCGACAGAAAAGGCAGUUUGAUAAUAUGGAAGAGGUUGUUGGUGUAUUGGACCGGAUAGGGGAAGAGAGCACAUCUGGUACCCUAACGUUGGACUCCCUCGCGAAAGCGUUUGCAGACUUGCAGAAGCAGUAUGCUGAGGAAUACACACUCUGCAACUUGUCUAGCAUAGCGUGCUCGUAUGCAGUGCCUUUGUUUAUUCGAAUUUUUCAGGGAUGGGAUCCACUUCAAACUCCAAUACAUGGAUUGGAAGUGGUUUCGCUGUGGAAAGAUCUUUUGCAAGGUGCUGACAUUUUUGCUAUCUCUGAUGCUGCAUCUCCUUAUACUCAACUAUUUAUGGAAGUUGUAUUCCCUGCUAUUAGAAUAUCUGGCACUAAUACCUGGCAGGCAAGGGAUCCUGAAACGAUGCUUCGUUUUUUGGAGUCUUGGGAGAAGUUGUUGCCUCCUGCAGUCCUUCAGACAAUACUGGAAAACAUUGUUUUACCCAAGUUGUCAGCUGCUGUGGACUCCUGGGAUCCACGUCGAGAAACAGUUCCAAUCCAUUCUUGGGUUCAUCCAUGGUUGCCUUUGUUAGGUCAAAGAUUGGAAAGUUGCUACCACACUAUACGUAACAGAUUGGAAAGUGUAUUGCAUGCUUGGCACCCAAGUGAUAUGUCUGCAUACUAUAUAUUGUCUCCUUGGAAGACUGUGUUUGAUGCUAUUAGCUGGGAAAAACUAAUGGUUCGAUUUAUUGUUCCAAAGUUGUUAGCGGUGAUGCAUGAAUUCCAAAUAAAUCCAGCAAAUCAGAAUCUUGAUCAUUUCUAUUGGGUUCGUACUUGGGCUACUGCUAUUCCGAUCCAUCACAUGCUUCCAAUACUGGAUAUAUUCUUCAACAAGUGGCAAGAAGUUUUGUACCAUUGGUUAUGCUCAAACCCGGACUUUGAAGAAGUGACGAAAUGGUUUUUGGGUUGGAAGGAACUUAUUCCACCUGAACUUCAGGCGAAUGAACAUGUUCGCUAUCGACUUAAUCUUGCUCUAGGAAUGAUGGACAAGGCUGUUGAAGGCGCGGAGGUAGUUCAACCUGGUUUGAGGGAGAACAUAAGUUAUCUUAGGGUUCUUGAACAAAGGCAAUUUGAGACUCAGAAAAAAGCAGCAGCACAAGCUCAAUCCCGCACUUCUGUGGGCUCGAACAGUGGUAUCCAAAUGGAUGGUACAGGCGGUGGAGCUGACAUGAGCAUGAAAGAAGUUAUUGAAGUUCAUGCUCAAGAGAAUGGUUUGCUGUUCAAACCUAAGCCCGGCAGGAUGCAAGAUGGUCAUCAGAUAUAUAGUUUUGGUAACAUGAGUAUUAUUAUAGAUUCUCUCAAUCAGAAGGUAUUUGCGCAAGUUGAGGACAGGUGGACUUUUGUGUCACUUGAGCAGCUUUUGGAUCUACAUAAGCGUUCUGGGAUAAAGCGCCGAUAGAUGUCUAAAGUUCUUGAAUGUUAUCUACGGAAGCAACUCCAAGCUUUAAAAAACUAGUUUUUAGGCUUCACGGGUAUUUCUGCACUGGAUUUCUCGUUUUGUCAUAGUUAGUCAUGAGAAGAUGAAAUACAUUUUCCCCAUUAGUGGCAUUUUAUCUGCUCCUUUAACUUGUAAGUUCUCAUCAUCCUACUUCGAGACAUCUGGCAAAAUCACUAGAAUGAGGGAGACUUGAUUCUUGAAUGUCAUUCUUUUUAGCUCA